UUCAGGAAGUAGUGCAUGGAAUUAAACUUACUCAUUUGCCGACUGAAAAUUCACAUGACCAUUUGCUGUUUCGAAUUUUCUCUGCAAGUGCUGUGAUGGCUGGAAGAAGAGUUGUGGUCUUUCCUUCCUCAGCAGAGCUCGGUCCAGUCUUGGCUCAUUUGGUGAUCUCUCGGGCCGAGAAGGCCAUAGCCUCUCAUGGCAGGUUCACCCUGGGUCUCUCAGGAGGAAGCCUUGUGUCCAUGCUCAGCAAAGAGCUGCUGGCUCUGCCCCAGCCAGACUGCAGCAAGUGGGUGAUUGGCUUCUGUGAUGAGCGCCUGGUUUCUUUCGAUGAUCCGGAAAGCACAUUUGGGCUUUACAAGAGUCAGUUGUUUCCCAAGAUCAACGUCCCUGAAAGUGGAAUCUUAACCAUAGACUCCUCUUUGCCAGUGGCAGAGUGUGCAGAGGAUUAUGCCUGUAAACUGAAACAGGUGUUCCCAGGUGAAGAGUUUCCUGUGUUUGACCUGUUGCUGCUGGGAAUGGGACCAGACGGACACACAUGUUCUCUUUUUCCAGGUCAUCCCCUUCUGGAGGAAACAGAGAAAAUUGUGGCUCCGAUCAGUGAUUCUCCCAAACCGCCUCCACAACGCGUCACUAUGACUUUCCCAGUGGUGAACGCAGCACGCUGUGUGACCUUUGUCUCAACAGGUGGAAGCAAAGCCGCUGUUUUGAAGGAGGUUUUGGAGAAUGGAAAAGCUUCGCCUUAUCCAGCCGCUCGUGUUGCACCAAUCAGCGGUGAACUGUUUUGGCUCAUUGAUGACCCUGCAGCUGCCACCUUGACUAUCCAGGUUGAAAGGCCAGGUGCGGGAGCCAAGCUUUAAAACUCUCAGUCUGAUGAUGAAUCAGCACAUCAACAGGAAAUACAAAAUGGGACAUUCCUGCAUUAGUAAAAUUGUACUUAAGAAUACAAUAACAUACCUUAACACUUUCUGGAUAAUUACAUUUGUGUUUUGCUGCUGUAUGAAUGUAAUGUGUUUUGGAACAUUUGUUGGAUGUCUUAAGAACAAAGUAAUUACUGUACUGUUAUUCUUUCAAUGCAUUACCACUUUUUAAUGUUAAGGCUGGUAAGUUAUAAAAAUACCCGAGUGUGAUUAAAGUCUCAGUG